UUCAGGGAUGCCACUGUCGUCUCCUCGGAGAAGACCGAAAUUUUCACGCACGCUUGCCCUUUUCCUGUUCCAGAGCAGACACCCAAUUUCCUUGAGGAUUCUCGACGGCCGACAGCGACGAUGAAGGGCAGAAACCAUGGGAACUUCACGAACCCAUGCCUUACCAUGCACCAGCCUUGGGCUUCCCUGCUCGUUUAUGGGAUCAAACGAAUCGAGGGCCGCUCUUGGCCUGCUCCGAUCAGAGGUCGGCUUUGGAUCCAUGCUGCUAGUAAAGUACCCGAUGAAGCUACAAUCAAAGCAAUGGAGGAAUUCUACCGGGAAAUAUAUGCAGUGGAUGGUGUUACCGACCUAAAGUUUCCCGAGCACUAUCCAAUUUCAAGACUAAUAGGCUGUGUAGAUGUGGUUGGAUGUCUCAGAGGUGAAGAGGUAGCUGCGUGGGACAAGAUACCUGAAGGGGUGAGGCUUGAGGCACAAACAGACUUUUGCUGGCUUUGUGAACGGCCACAGAGACUGAUAGUCCCAUUUGAGAUGAGAGGGUACCAGCGAGUUUAUAACUUGGAAAAGAAGAUAUAUGAUGCUGCAGUAAGGGGUCUUUCUGCAGUUGAGAGCCCAUUUCCGGUGAAGUUCCCACUUCCGGACUCGCGUGAUCCUUUUUCUCUAAAGCCUGGGUCAUUGGCUCUCCACUACCCCGAAUCUAAAGCAAUGGAAUUGGAUACAUCUUCAAGCCUAAGUGCUGCCAUUGCUGGUGCACGAGCCGCUGCAACCCAGUUCUCAAAGAAGAAUCAAAAUACUCCAUCAAACCAAGGCAUAUCUUAUUCAGUGGGAGCAAGUCAAAUUGCAAACAGCUCAUUAGAAGUGGUUGAGACAACAUCCUCUAUUUCAGACGAAAUCUCAGUUUCAGAAACUUCUUUUUUGAAGGGCAAAGAGCAUAUGCAACCUUCUCUUAUCAAUCAAAGCAGCCAUGAUCGUCAACCUUUCAGGACAGAGCAAAGGCCACGUCCUGUGGUGGAUUCAAAGAUCUUUGCUGCUGCUGUAAGAGGUUUAAAACCAUCGUGAAUACUUGCUGUUUCAUCCCAUCAGUUCCGACAUUACCAAAGUCGUGUAGUCGUGUACCAUUACUAAAUAGGUCCACAGACAAUAGUUUAGUGUGAAACUUUAUCCAUGUAGAAAUGGAUCUUGUAUCCCUGAUUUUUUAUUUCCUAACCUUAUGUACAGUGUUACUUUCCGUUCCAGCCCGACCCGAAGAUCAAACUUGAUGUAUUUUCUGCAGUCUUUUGUAAAUGGUAUGACUGAUCCAUAUUCUUAUAUUACGUUGAUGCAUUGCUCCUUUU